GGUAUCGGUAUUGGCUCUCUAUUAGAGAGUGCUGGUCUCGAUAAUGUUGCUACUCUAUCCUAUGAAGAAAUUGCCAAUGUUUCAAGUGCUGACUUGAACUCAACUUACUUGAUUGAUUUGUAUAAUAAAGUUAAUGAUGACCUUUCAAGUGAUGAAUUUGAUGGUGCUGUUAUUGUUCAAGAUAGUCAAUAUUUAGAGGAUACUGCAUUCUUUUUAGAUUUGGUUGUUAACUCAUCAAAGCCAAUUGUUUUGACUAAAGAUGUUUCUAUCUCAAACUUGCUCACUGAAGGUGCUUCAAACUUAUACGACUCUGUUUUAGUCGCUGCUUCAGACUUGGCUGCUAAUCGUGGGACUUUAGUGGUUACUCAGAAGCGUAUUGCAAGUGGCUUCUAUGCGAAGAGAAUCAACUUUGAUUCCAUUGAUGCUAUUACCUCAAACCCACAAGGUUUGAUUGGAAAUAUCUAUGAAGGUAAAGUCCAAUGGUAUUAUGAUGAAAGUGAUUUAUUAACUUCUGACUUGGAUUUCACUUUGGAUGAAGUUGAUAGUCUACCAGAUGUUGUUGUUUUACAAAACUAUCAAGGAUUUAGCUCUGGAAUUAUUUCAGCUUUGGGUGAAUCAUCUAUUGAUGGUGUCGUUUUAGGCUCUUCCCAAUCAACAGAUUCAUUUUCAAAGGAUGUUGAAAAAGCCAUUGAAGGUUUGGCUCAAAGUGUCCCAGUUGUUUUAUCAAACGAUCAACCUGGCAGUACUGUUAGUCCAGAUGAUUUGUUUUCAAAUGUCACAAUUGCUGGUGGUAUCUUGGAUCCAGUCAAAUCGAGAAUAUUAUUACAAGUCUCAUUGGCGGCAGGUUACAACAGUACUGAAGUUAAAGACAUCUUUUCAACUGUUUUCGGUGGUUGA